ACUAAAACCUCACUUAUAGUCGUCUCUGGUGAAAUCUUGCCGGAGAGAUCUCAAUAAAAUGUCAUCUUCCAGAAUAUUCCUAGUCGGUAAUUCCAUAUUCCGACCUCACAAACCAUCCUUUCCUCUCUCUUUCAAUCGUUUUCCAUCUGUAUCUCUCCGCUUCCGAUGCUUCUCCAGUGACGCCGCCGCCGCAGUAGCAACCACCGUGGAUUCGGAUUCGCCGUCUCUCACUCCUCAUCCAUGGCCAGAGUGGAUAACUUUCGUCGAUCGCUUAAAGACGAAAGGAUAUUUCACCAAAGACACCGAAGAUGAUACUGUUUAUCAGGAAAUGAUUCUCGUUAAAGAUGCUUGUCUCAGCUUCGCUCGUGAUCGUUACGACGUUCUCAGAUCCUUAUCAUCAGGAGAUGUACAAGCUCUUGUGGAGCGUGGAUGCCCUAAUCUCUUCAGAAAAACUGUGAAUUCUUCCAAAAGGAUUCGAGCUCAUGUUAAGUUAAACGAAGGAGAUGUUUGUGGUUCUUGUGAUCUUCGUAGCUCGUGUGAUAGAGCUUAUGUGAUACUUAAGGAUACAGAAGCUGAUGCUCGAACUGUUGAUGUUAUGCGUUUACUAUUGUUCAAUGCGCUUGAUUCUAUAGUUAUCUCUCGAGGUGAAGUUCCACCUGGUAAAGAACUUGUUCAUGAGUCUGCAAGAAGACUUCUUUUAGAGUUGGUUGAGUUUAGUGAGAAGCCUUUAAUCCCUGCUUUACCAAAACCUUCUUCAAAGGAAUCUUCUUUGCCUUCGAAAGAGAGAGCUUUUAAGUCGAGGAAUGAUGAGCCUUCUCAGCGUGUGGCUUUUAAAUCGAGGAAUGAUGAUCCUUCUCAACGUGUGGCUUUUAAAUCGAGGAAUGAUGAGCCUUCUCACCGUGUGGCUUUUAAAUCGCGGAACGAUGAGUCUUCUCAACGUGAUCGACCUCUUUACAGUGCAGAUUGGGCUUGUCCUAAAUGCGACUUUGUAAACUUUGCCAGAAAUGAAAGAUGCCGAGAGUGCAAUGAAGUCGCUGACAGACGACCUGUUGCUGCUGUUGUCAAGGAAGGUGACUGGCUAUGUCCUGAGUGUAGUUUCUUAAACUUCACAAGAAACCAGAGCUGUCUGAAAUGCAAAGCAAAGGGACCAAAGAAAACUUCAAUGGUGAAUAUUGUUGAAAUGAAGAAAGGAGACUGGAACUGCACUGGGUGUGGAUAUAUGAACUUUGCUAGCAACAAACAGUGUCGAGAGUGCCGAGAACAACGUCACAAGACGCUAGCUGAGCCUGGAGAUUGGGAAUGCCCCUCAUGCGACUUCGUGAACUUUAGGAGAAACGAUGCUUGCAAGAAAUGCGAGUGCAAACGACCUAGCCAAGCCAAUAACGAUCAAGAAGACCAUACAUGGAAACGACCCGCCUUAGUGUAAACUUAUGCUUUUGUACUUGCAAGAUUCACUGCUUGCUAUUUCCUUUCAACUUGUUGUUUCUUCUUCUCUUGUUGAGUUCCCAAAUUUCUAAACAGAUAACAAUUUUGAAGCAGAAAAUGGAAACCUAGUUUGUAGUCACAUUCAUGAUUCAUCGUUAAAGCUAUAUUUUAUGUAGUCAAGUACAAACUAUGUCAUCUCUAAUACAAAACAAGCCAUGAUUAUACAAAAGCUUCAAGGCCAAAAAAAGGUGCAAGUUCUUCGUUAGGAACAGACCGUAGCUACAUUACAAAAGCUUCCCGUGAGAGCUACAUAAGCUAAAACUAUUGAGAUGAUGAUGUCAUCGGAUUCAUGAGUUGGUCUCCAUUUGAAAUUUCACCUUCAUAUUCCUUCUUCCCUCUUCUUUAUCUACCAAACCAUGUUCCUUGAGACAUGAUUUUGGUGAUGGAGCAGACUUUUGCGGCUUCUGAGGCAAAGGAACUUUUUUUACUUCAUUGUCUUCCUCAAAGGGUUCGAGGCGGUACGUAACCUUAGACUUUCCUAGUCUAAACUUUUUGCUCCUAGCAAAUUGAUAAGCCGUCACUGCAUCGAUGCUCUGCAUGAAUACUACUUUCGCAGAGCUUUCCCCUGGGUUUACAUCAGUUCUUGAAGCAUCUAUUUUCCCAAACACACUGAAUCUCUUCAACAGUUCUGCUUUGGACGGGAGAUCCCCAUGUCUACACAAAAACUUCAUCCGCAAACAUUUUGGAUUAGCAAGCCGCAUAUCUUUCAUCAGGUGUAGAUUCAGCGAUUUAUCAGUAGAAAUAGAUUGUUGGCCUGCUUUCUUCUUUCUCUUGGAGUAACGUGCAGAUGCUUUGUCUCGACUUGCCUUCCUUUUGACACCAAUGGAUCUGACAUUAUCAACUGAUCUCGUCUGGUUUUCAACAGUUGUUCCAGCUUCCAAAUCUUGUAAUUGUUCUGCAGGUGCUCCUGCAUCAUCAGAACUAAAUUCUUUGUUUGAAGUGCCUGUACUAGGUAGCGAAACCUGUCCCACCUCCACAAUAUGUGACUCCAACGUAUAUUCAGAGCAGUUUUCUCGUGUUCCAUUAAGACUAUUCCUACCUAACGACUGCUCAUUCAAGGUCUUGGCACUGAUGAUAGAGCUAUCAAGCUUGUUUCUUGGGCUAGCAUAUUUUUUUCUCACUGAACAAGCUAGAGUGUGACAGGCUCCUGGAACAACAAAAGAAACAGGCUUUGCCAAAUAAGCUUUGUCGUUGCUCGAAUCAAGCAAGGGUGACAGUUCAUUUGUCGAUGUCACAGGUCCAUCAACCAAACCAAUGAUGUCAUCAUGAGUUUCAAUCAUAACAUCAGGAAGUGCUUCUGAUACAUCAACUCUUGAGGCAGCAACGGAAGUGGUGUCUUCCUCUAUCAUAUCUUCAAUAGAAGGUUCUGAAUUCAAUAAGCAGAUAUUCUGCUCAACUUGACAGCAUUCUUUACUCUUGGACAGGUGACCAUCAUCCUCAUGAACAGCUCUUCUAACCAUGGUUUCACAAGCUUUCAUGGUACUAGAAUUAGAACUGGUUCGAGGGCUCCUCGUAUUCCAUGUGCA